UUUGUAAAAUUGGUGCUACAGCUGGUAGCACCAAAGUUCUCUCCUCCCUCGACGUGGAUAACGCCUGCUCACAAUGCUAGGGUUCCCUUUUGUUUAACGUAACAAAAAAACAAAGGACUGGGUUUUUAGCUGUUUUAUUUGGGAUGAAAGACCAAUUGAAUUCGGACCCCACGACGGAUAUGGGUUCGAGGUUCCGGCAUGGAGCCUCUGGCUCCGGCUCCGAUGGUGAUUUCGGUUUCGCUUUCAACGAUAGUAAUUUCUCCGACCGGCUUCUUCGGAUCGAGAUUAUGGGUGUCCGAUCGGAGUGUCACCCUGAUGGUGAAGAUUGCACCGGUAUCUCCGAUUGGGACCACCACCGCAAAAGGCGCCGGGAGGAUAUCAAGAAGGAAAUCGUUUUGGAUCUUAGUUUAUGUCCUGAGGAGCAGAUUUUAAAUGAUAGCCAGCCUGAUAUGGAUGAUGGUGCGGGCUGCGAAAAUCAAGAUGCAGAGGCAGAGGCUGUGGCAAUGGCUGAAGAAAUACAUUCAGGUGAUGAAGAUGAAAAUAGUAAUGAAUCAAGUUGGAGCAUGGAUUGUUCUACAGUUCUGAGAGUUAAAACAUUGCAUAUCAGCUCUCCCAUUUUAGCAGCGAAAAGUCCAUUCUUCUACAAGCUUUUCUCAAAUGGGAUGAGGGAAUCAGAGCAACGGCAUGUAACCUUAAGAAUCAAUGCCUCCGAGGAAGAUGCCCUUUUGGAGCUUUUGAAUUUUAUGUAUAGCAACACCUUAUCUGUCACCACAGCUCCAGCCUUGCUUGAUGUGUUGAUGGCUGCUGACAAAUUUGAGGUUGCCUCAUGCAUGAGAUAUUGCAGUUGGUUAUUACACAAUUUGCCUAUGACACCAGAAUCAGCUCUGCUUUAUUUGGAUCUUCCCUCGAGUGUAUUAAUGGGUGAAGCUGUCCAACCUUUGACUGAUGCCGCAAAGCAGUAUCUCGCUGCCCGUUACAAGGACGUGACCAAGUUCCAAGAAGAGGUAAUGGCUUUGCCACUAGCUGGGAUCCAGGCAAUAUUGGCCAGUGAUGAUCUUCAGAUUGCAUCCGAAGAUGCGGUGUAUGAUUUCGUGUUGAAGUGGGCCAGGGCUCAAUACCCAAAACUAGAAGACCGAAGAGAAGUGCUUGGUUCACACCUUGCACAAUAUAUUCGUUUCCCUUACAUGACUUGCCGGAAACUUAAGAAGGUAUUAACAUGUAAUGAUUUUGAUCAAGACGUCGCAUCGAAACUUGUGCUCGAGGCCCUCUUUUACAAGGCUGAUGCCCCAUAUAGACAACGAAGCUUGGCUGCAGAGGAAUCUGCAACCUCAAACCAUCGAUUCGUUGAGCGAGCUUACAAAUAUCGGCCCGUUAAGGUAGUGGAAUUCGAACUUCCCCGUCAGCAAUGUGUCGUGUACCUCGACUUGAAGAGGGAGGAAUGUGUAAACUUGUUCCCAUCCGGACGAGUCUAUUCUCAGGCAUUCCACCUAGGGGGACAAGGUUUCUUCCUAUCAGCACAUUGCAACAUGGACCAACAAAGCUCUUUCCAUUGCUUGGGGUUGUUUUUAGGAAUGCAGGAAAAGGGCUCCACUAGUUUCACGGUGGACUACGAAUUCGCAGCAAGAUUAAAGCCGACAGAAGAGUUUGUUUGUAAAUACAAAGGGAACUACACAUUCACCGGCGGCAAGGCGGUUGGCUACAGGAAUUUAUUCGCUGUACCUUGGACAUCUUUCGUGGCAGAAGAUAGUAUUUACUUUAUAAAUGGUACCCUCCAUCUUAGGGCUGAGUUAACUAUCAGAUUGUGUUCCUGAGGCGAUUGGUUGAGUUAAAUUUUGGUCUUUUUAAACCAAUGUAUAGAAGUUAAACACAGUCCUGAGAGCAGGCUUACAAAUAUUAAUUGAUGGUGCUGCUGCCUAGGAGAAUCGGGCAGCCUGUCUUAUUAUUAUUAAUAUCAUUAUAUAGAUGCUCCGAAAUUUUCAAGUGGAGAGGCUAUAAUCACAUACACUAAGACCAUAUUAUUAUUAUAUCAAAUACUAAGAUCUUUAUGAUAA